AUGUUUGAGAACGUGGCAAACGAGCUGGAGGGACUUUGUGACCCCACGAAAGUGGGCGGCGGUUCACCACGGAUGUGUCGCAGUCGCAGGGCGAUAGGUAUUUAUAUAAAUAUCGAUAUAUCGAUCCACCUUUCCCCAGUGGCAGGGCGGUUGAUAUUCGUGUAUGUAUCGCAGUCGCAGGGCGGCGGCUACGCGACGGUGGGCAGGGCGCCGCGCGGGCCGCUCGCGUCGAGCGCCGCGCCGCCGGAGCCCCCCGCGCCGGAGAGCGCCGAGCAGCAGCUCCGCUACGAGAACGACCGGCUGAAGCUCGCACUGGCGCAGAGGUGGGUCCACGCUGUGGUAGGGCCACGCAGCAGCCUCGGCUGUUGCACGAAUGAGCACGAGUCCACGCUGUGG